AUGUCAUCACCCACACUCGCACUCGCCUCAUUCACCGUGUGCCUUCUCAUGGCGCUGCUCUUCCUCUCCACUCCAUCUCAACAACAACAAUUCAUCUCUGUGAACAAGGACUUUACCGCUGCUUUCGAUGCUGCCAUCCAAGAACUCGUUGUGGACAAUUCUUGGAUUCAAUUCUACUCGGAUAACAUGUUUUUCGGUGUUCCUCAAUGCGCUACCAAAGUGCAAUGGCCAGCAAAAGAUCCAUUUGCACAAAUGGGUCGAACAAAGAUUGUGACUUGUUUUGAAAUUGGAACACUCACACCAUGGCUUGAAACAAAAACAAAAUUGGCCGAAAGUGUUGUCAAAAUUAUUAAUAAUCAUUACAAGACGAAUUACAUUAAUGAAGUGAAGAGAUAUAAUACUUCCCUUUUGGGUUUUUUCGAUACCAUGAAAAAUGCAGUCGGUACUGGAGAUUGCGACAUUGUGACAGCAAAUACUCAACCAAAUGCUGAUCGAGCUAAAGUGGUUCAUUUUCAAUGUGGAUUUGGUUUCGCCUCGAAGGGUUGGAUUCGAUCUGGAAAGGAUGCUCAUAUUUCCAUUCCAGACGUUUAUUCUUUGAACAAGACUGGAAUUCUCGUUGGAGCCUAUGAUGGAACUGCCUAUGCCACAUUUGUCAAACAAACUCUCACUGCAGCGACCUAUGUUCCUUUCUACGCUGUCAAUUUACAAUAUGGAGCUGUUUUGAAUCAAACCGUUCAUGCAUUGAUUGGAGAUGCUAUUCAAUUCUUUUCAUGGAAAAAACAAGUUGGAAAUUGUAAUUGUGAAGUGAAGGCCUAUGAUCCUGCCUAUGGAUUGUCGACAUUUACUUAUGGAAAUAUUACAGAGACUAGUUUUGCAACGAGUUCGAUUCGUUUCGGAACACAAUCAUGGAUGUCAAUGGCUGUAGUGAUGAUGAUGGUGUUGUUCAUGAUUCAAACAUUGUUCAUGUUUUAA